AUGCAAGAACUACGGCUUUGCUGGACGGGUGAUUUGGAGAAAUUGAAGCUUUUUGUAAGCAAGAAUGUUGAUUUUGUCGGCGUAUGGACUUCACCAGGCAACGAUAAAAAAAAAUACAGUGAUGGUUAUAGCUCAAUAUCCUGGCGCAAAUCCAAGAAAGUGUUGGAAAUAGAAGGCAGAGACAGGAACCUGAUAACAGCUAAGUUGUGUACAAUGUUAUGUAAUGAUUUCGAUCCUGUACAGUCAAGCAAAAGCGACAACUAUUGCGAAUUCCCUUCCACAAGCAAUGAAAUGCUUGUUGAAUUGGAGGGCGUUAAACUCGAUGUAACAAUUACUGAGAAAGAUAUUCGUGAUAACAAACAUAGCAUUAAAAACGUUGAAGAUUGCCUUGAUAAAGUAGUUGGUAAAUUAAACAUUAUUAACCAACAGUUUGAUGUAUUUAGGGCGGAGUUUCAGUUGUUGAAAAAUCAACAUACGAUUCAAUAUUCGCCUAAAGCUGUCGAAUAUUCAAAUUUGUUUUUCCAGUAUUAUUACUAG